CCCUUCUAUAUUCCCUCGCAUUUAUCUUCACUCUCUAGGGUUUUCAAAACCCUAAAUCACUGAAAUUACGCUUCUUCCGAUCAAGAUUAUGGCAGUCAAUCUUACUGCGGGCGCAAUAUGGAUGCUAUCGACUGGGGAAUGGCAAACGAUGGAUCUGAAACCGGUGCUUCAGGUUAUUGAUAUUCUGGCUUUUCAGACGCAAACUCCGACCGAGGGUGGUGAAGAAAACAUGCGGGAUAGGUACAGGGUGUUGUUAUCCGAUGGCUAUUUUCAUCGACAAGGGGUGCUUUCUGCUAAUCGCAGUGAGUUGGUUACCUCUCAACAGUUGCAGAAGGGUUCCAUUGUUAAGUUGACUAAGUUUCUUUGUAUCACGAUCCGUGAACGCAUUCUUAUCAAAAUCAUCGAUCUCAAUGUGAUUCUUGGUGGGUGUGAUAUCAUUGGCGACCCAAAGCCAUUUCCACAUGAACUUCCUAGUAACAAUCAAUUCAUAUGGAAGACCUUAACCCAGAUUAAAGAUGAAAAGCUCGGGACUUUUGGGAAUACUGAUUACAUCACAGUGAAUGCCACAAUCUGGUAUAUAAAAAGAGACAACUUUUGUUACACAACCUGCCCUAUCAUGUUAGGUGAUCGAAAAUGCAGCAAAAGAGUUGUGAAUAAUGGAGAUGGGAGAUGGAUAUGUAAGAAGUGUGAUCAGAUUGUUGAUGAAUGUGAUUACAGAUAUGACCUGCAACUACAUAUUCAUGAUCAUACUGGUUUGACAUGGGUAAAUGCAUAUGAGGAAACUGGUGAGGAGAUAAUGGGUGUUUCUGCUAAAGAUUUGUAUCUAUUGAAACAUGAAGAUGAAGAUGAGGAUGCGUUUAUGGAAGUUGUUCAUGGUGUUUUGUUUAGUGAAUACAAGUUCAAGUUAAAAGUCAAGGAAGAGUUUUUGGGUGAUGAAGCACGAGUGAGAUCCAUUGUUGUGAAAGCUGAGAAGAUAAAGUAUUCAUCAAACACAAAGAAUCUACUUGUUAGGGUGUCGAGUGUGUCAAAUGUUUGAGUGGUAGUGUCUAUGGAUUAAAGUGAUUAACUUUAGAUGAUUGUUUAGGAGCUUUUGUAGAUCUUGUUUAUUGUUUGAAUCUAACUUUAGUUAUUAAUCUUUUUUUUUUGAUUUGUGGUUCGGAUAUGGACAAGGCUAAAUUGCUGUUUUAA